GUGACUCACUGGCACAGUCCGUACUUUUUUGCCUACUACCCUGCAGCCUCAUCCUUCCCAGCUCUUCUUGCAGAUAUGUUGUGUGGUGGAAUAGGAUGUGUGGGCUUCUCUUGGGCCUCAAGUCCAGCUUGCACAGAACUAGAGACUGUCAUGCUGGAUUGGCUAGGAAAGAUGAUUAAUUUGCCCGAAGAGUUUUUAGCCGGGAAGGAUGGGCAAGGUGGAGGAGUCAUUCAGGGAAGUGCAAGCGAGGCCACUCUGAUGGCACUGCUCGCUGCAAGAACAAAAACUAUCAGAACGGUGCAGUCAGAAAAGCCUGAGCUAACAGAAGCAGACAUCAUGGGCAGGCUGGUUGCCUAUGCUUCUGAUCAGGCUCAUUCAUCAGUGGAAAGGGCUGCACUUAUUGGUGGUGUGAAAAUUAAAAAUGUUUCCUCGGAUGAUACAUUUCGUGUUUGUGGUUCAGCCCUAAAGAAAGUUUUGGAUGAAGACAAAGCUUCUGGUCUUAUCCCAUUCUUUUUCUGUGCAACACUUGGAACUACGCCUUGCUGCUCUUUUGACAAACUGUUAGAACUGGGUCCUAUUUGUAAUAAAGAAAAUAUCUGGAUGCACAUUGAUGCCGCCUAUGCUGGGAGUGCGUUCAUCUGCCCUGAAUUCAGGCAUCUUUUAAAUGGAGUGGAGUUUGCAGAUUCAUUUAACUUUAAUCCUCACAAAUGGCUGCUAGUGAAUUUUGACUGCUCUACUAUGUGGUAA